GCACAUCACGGGAGCAAACUUCGAACCGAACCGCUCUGCUUCUGGUAGAAAAACCUUGUGAGAGUGAACCGUGCCGUGCGAGUCGCCCCUCGCGAAGAGAAAAUCCUUCCACUGACGAGAGAUGGAGCGGGAGAGAACGGGAGAGAGAUCGUGAGCCAGUCGCAAAGUAUAGCGUGAAGAGACCGGAGAUCAACAUGCUCUGGAAUGCGGCUGGCCUUCAAAUCGGUCUCUGUGUGUGCCUGCUGUAUAAGUAAACUCAAACAAAACGAAGGCGCGCGCUUAAUCGCGCUCCACUAAAACAACGCUUCUUUGCUAUUACGAACUGCCGGCGUCAUCAGCGUGUAUAAAUACAGUGGAGGGUACCGCGUGGCCUCCAUGUUUCCGAUACAGAGAAAUGCCACGACGAGGACGAGUUACCGUGUACGAAACCUAUGACCGGGAUCUGGUUCAGCCCAAAGCAACCCGCGUGGGAUCAACCGAACGCGCGAUGUUGAUGUCGCGAGCUAGUAACAAAAAUAACAACAACAACAGCACACAGACAUGCAAGGAAGUUUACGCCUUGGAGGCAGAAUCGGAGGAAGAAACGAAGGCGAAAAUAUUCAGUUCAUUUACCACAAAGUAUGGAAGGAAUUUUGACCUUUCUUACGAUGGCCUCAAAAUUCCAGCGAGUCUGCGCGCGGUAGUUUCUUCGAAGUAAAUACAUAGUUGCUGAUUCCAUCCGCCUUCGGUUGAGGCAAUUUUUCAUGCUGAUGAGAUUGUGCGUACGGAUAAAUGGUCAACCGAGCGGUUCUGAGCGGCUAAGUGGUUAUCAUUUUAUUUCCAAGGUUUGUCUUUUUCUGUGGAAAAAAGAAUGUAGUUGGUCACAGUAACCAAUCAAUGUUAGAGUAUCUUCAUGAAGUCUGUGCCUGGAAUGCUUACAUUACCAAAAAAUUUAGCUUUUAUAAUAAUAACGAGA